GGUCCUGCCGCGGUUGCGUAGCAGCUGUGGGGACGCCGGCGGCCAGAAGCAGAGUAGGCCGUGCAGGGAGACCUGUGGGGUGUACCCUGUGUGUGGUGGCAUCCCUGGUCUUUCUAGCCCUGAAGCGGGACUGCAAGUGAGGACGAAGCCGCCUGUGGGUCAGCCUGUGGGAUCCGCCUUUCCAAGGCUGUCGUAACAAGACCCAGUGAAUGGGCUUCUCUUACAACUAGGAACUGAUGGCAGAGGACAGAACCAAGCCCUCUGAGCUGGACCAAGAAAAAUACGAUGCUGAUGACAGCGUGAAGAUCAUUUGCCUGGGGGACAGCGCAGUGGGCAAAUCCAAGCUUAUGGAGAGAUUUCUCAUGGACAGAUUUCAGCCACAGCAGCUGUCCACAUAUGCCCUGAGUCUAUAUAAGCACACAGCCACCGUGGACGGCAAGACCAUCCUCGUAGACUUUUGGGAUACGGCAGGCCAAGAGCGGUUCCAGAGCAUGCAUGCCUCCUACUACCACAAGGCCCACGCCUGCAUCAUGGUCUUCGAUGUACAGAGAAAAGUCACCUAUAAAAACCUGAGUGCCUGGUAUACAGAGCUUCGAGAGUUCAGGCCAGAGAUCCCAUGCAUCGUGGUAGCCAACAAAAUUGAUGCAGACCUACAGGUGACCCAAAAGAGCUUCAAUUUUGCCAGGAAAUUCUCCCUGCCCCUAUACUUUGUCUCAGCUGCUGAUGGUACCAAUGUUGUGAAGCUCUUCAAUGAUGCAAUUCGAUUAGCUGUGUCUUACAAACAGAAUUCCCAGGACUUCAUGGAUGAGGUUUUGGAGGAGCUCAAGAACUUUAAGUUGGAGCAGAAAAAGGAAGAUGCACCAGACCAAGAGCAGAGUGGCGGAAUCUAGAGCCUGUCCCUCUUGUGAUCAGAGGACAGCCUGUGGUGGCUGAUGUGGGGAUCUGAUUUGGGAAUACCCAUCAAGCUCUGAAUAGAGAACCUCUCCACACCACCCCUGCUCAGCAUCCUACAACCCCACUUCCAUGCUACAGGAGGAGGUCAGCACCAGCACACUCUGGACAAGCAUGAAAUCCCACCUGAAUAAGGGAUAGGUGUCUUUCACACCUCCCUGCCCAUCCCGGUCAACAAUGGAGAGAAUCCAGGAACACUGGGUAUCUCCUUAGUAAACAGACUCAGAUGAUUGGGUUUUUUCCUUCCCAAAACUGACCUCAGGGACUAUGCCUUGUACUUCUGCUAAGAGAAUGAUUGCUUAUCCCUAGUUACACCAUUUCCCCACUGCAGAAUGUGUGAGGCUCUGUUCUAUUUCCCCAUGGAACUUGUCCCAGGCAACUUUUUAAAAGAGAUUUUCAAGAAAACAGAUUAUAGAUCUUUAAGCACCUAGUGUGUUUCAGGAGUUCUUGUAGAUCAGACAAACAUUACAAGAACAGGAUUGCCAUUUAAGUUAAAGCGGGUGUCAGGUAUUUGAUCACACACAGACAUUACUGUUGGUAAACAUUAGAUUGUACAGCCACACCACAAGGAACACCUAUUUGGAUUACAAGAAAAUGAUUGUCAGAACAGCUCCCUUAGAACCUGUAAGUAUAAGAAGGUUUCCACCAUUGUUCUAGGAAGAGAUAAUCACUGCCUACUGGAGUGAUCAUGGCUGAAGUGUGGAGGGGAAAGCUGUCUUUCCUUUCCCAGGAGCUGUGAUUUGAUGAUAAGCUCUUACUGUCAUCUGAUACAUUAUUUGCAUUAUCAUUAUUUUGAGAGUCUUAAUUUUAACAGUAAAAAUCAAAUAACAGUAUUUGUGUUCUUUCUGGGUAAAUGUGGACUAAGAAAAAAAAAACACAGAUCAUCAACCACCUUAACAAGGCAGACUGCCUUGAUCACAAGCCACCUAUGAUUUUCUUUUGGUACCAGAGACAGAACUUACAACCUUGCACUUGCCACACAGGUGCUGAGUAUAUCUCUGGCCCUUUCACCAGCUUCUUGAUUGACCAUAAAGGAGAUCAUUUCAGUGGAAUUCACUGUUUUAAAAAAUGUAGGUAUUUUGUUUUUAGACCUCCAGAAUAUAAAUGAUUCCACUUUAAAUAAGUGAUACUCACAUGUUCAACCUAGACAGAAUAUAUGUAGCCUCUUGCAUUGCCUAAAACUCUACCCAUUGAAUUUCCCUUUGCUGUCACCUUUCAGUGUCAUCCCUCAGUGGGCAGCAGUCCAUUUUUGACAGCCAUGUACCACGCUAACCCAAAUCAAUAAAUUUCCAAUUCUACCAA